GAUCCCGCAAGAAUGAAGACUCUUGGUGUGCUGUUCUUGCUGUCGGUGGUGGCUGCCAUCGCUGCUAUCUCACCUCGUGCACUAUGGGAGUUCCGCAGCAUGAUCAAAUGCACCAUCCCACACAGCCACCCUUUCCUUAGAUUUGACGACUACGGCUGCUACUGCGGCUUGGGGGGCAGUGGGACACCUGUGGAUGAACUGGACAGGUGCUGUCAAGCACACGACGAAUGUUACUCUGCGGCAGAGAACAAGACGGUGUGUUCCUCCAUCCUGGACACUCCCUACACAGAGAUCUACAAGUACUCCUGCAAGAACGAGGAGAUCACUUGUAGCAGUUCCAACAACGAGUGCGAGAUGUUCGUCUGUAACUGCGACCGCACAGCCGCCAUGUGCUUCGCUAAGGCCCCCUACGACCCCGCUCACCACUACCUGGACAAGGAGAAAUACUGCAGCAGUUAAAUGCAGCGCGGCUGCCGCCAAUAAAACCCUCGCACCACGCGCCUCCACCCGCUCCGUGCUGCGCCGCGGCCUCGAGGGAGGGAGGCGGGGAG